GAUUUCAACGAUUUCAACGAUUUAUUUCCAUCAGGACAUUCACUUCUUUAGAGAAUAGUGCGUGGUAACGUUUUGCGAUUAGGCCCGUGUCUUCUACAUAAACUUAUAAAUCUAUGAUCUUCUCUCAGGUCUCAAAUUUCUCUCGGCUCAAUUCAGUUCGCACUGUUUACUGUUCGCAUGGAGAGCUAGUGGGUGUUGAAAAACCAAAUAAGGAAUUUAUUAAGAAAAAGAUUUUAUUCGUUACAUAAAUAAAAGACUAGCCGUGUUACAUACAUUAGGAAACUUGAUGUUAAAAAAUAAUAGAAAUUACAGAAUUGCUGUUAUACUUUUUUAGUAACGAUGAGGGAGAUGCUCGAUGUGAAAACUAAAAAGCAUAAAGUCUCUAAGAAGACAAAAAGAUCAUGGAGGAAGUAUAUUGAUAUCAAAGAUGUAGAUACAUUUCUUGAUAACAAUAGAUUAGAGGAACGAUUGGGUACUCCUUUUUCUGAGCGUAUAGAUACUCAAUUGUUUACUAUUGAUAAAACUGCUGAUGUGACUGAAAAUGUAAUUUCCAAACGUGCUGCUAGAUUAGCAUUGAAAAAUAAAGAACCAAGAUGUUUUGCUUCUUUGAAGUCACAUACAUGUGUCCCUGAUCCAAUUUCUAAAAGAAACCGAGUAAGGACUAAAGAAGAACGUAUGAAUUCUAUAUUACGUCAACGUGAAGUAGGAAGGAAAGUGAAGGGUAUUUUUAAAUUAAAAGAGAAGGAAGCAUUGAAGAAUAGAAUACUGGCAAAGAUUGCUUCAACAAAUCAUCCUAAGAGCAAAGAGCUUAAAAAGGAUAUAUGGAAUAGCACAAACGUCUUAAUUCCAGAAACAGUUACUGAAUGGAUGUCUUCGAACAGCAUUAGGCAUACACUGAAGCAUUUAGGAAUUAAAAAAAGAAAAUUACCCUUAUUGUGCAAAAAGCCAUCUGUUUUACCUGCAGUGGAGAUUCCACAUCCAGGUACAUCUUAUAAUCCGUCAUAUAAUGAUCACCAGGAAUUAUUGCACAAUAUUGUGCAAAAAGAAUUGGAGCUUAUGAAGCAAGAUGAACAUUUGAACAGGGUCACAACUCAAAUGUUUGAAAAAAUUUCAUUACAGAAAAGAGAUGAAAAUACGAUGAAAGAAAUGUUAGAAGGUUUGCCAAAGAAUCAAACUACAUCAAGUUUUAAGUCUAUUGAGGAGGAUCAUGAAGAAGAAAAUUCAUCUAUCACAAUAGUAAAUAAUAAAGCUAAAAAAAAUAUUAAAAAAACACUUGUUCAAAAAAGAAAACAACGAGAACAAAAACAAGCAAUUAAUGAACAUGCAUUGAUGAAACUCGAGAAAAAAAAAAUUUCUGAUAUCUAUAAAUUAAAGACUCUGCAAAAACAAAUAGCGGCCAAGGAGAGAAAGCAAGAAUCCUUGCGACAAAAGCGAAUGAAGAAACGCGAGAGGGAAUCUCUUAUGCCAAAAACUCUGAGUAAGAUAAAGUUUGAACCUAUUGAUUCUGAUUUCCAGCUUGCAGAAGAAUUGACUGGCAAUUUGAGAAAUUUUAAACCUUCUAACAAUUUAUUAAAAGAACGGUACAAAUCGCUUCAACAGAGAAACAUUGUCGCACCAGCCGUUAUAAAAUUGAAACGGGACAAAGCAAAAAUGAAAAAAUUUGUGAAGCCGGAUCAUAAACUAAAUUUGAUUUGA